CUACAACGUACGUUCUGACGUAGUUUAAGCUAACUAUGGAUUGGGGAUCAAAACUUUAUCAGUGCACAAUCUGCUUAAAGCGUUUUAACACAGAAAUUGGCCGUGUUGAUCAUCAAAUGGAAGUACAUGGUGAUUAUUCAUUUUAUGGAGUAUUCACUUGUUCAUACGAAUCGUGUACCCGGACACGUACUUUUCGACGCCAAGUUGACGUAGGCAAUCAUUUGAAAAACCCUGGCAAGUGGCACCAGAGAAGAGGUAAUAUUAAUCAAAAAUAUAACUUUUACAUACACUUUCAAUACGUGAGCUAAUACCCGAAGUCUUUGGGGUAUGGUAUGAAGGGAAAAUGAAAGUCAAACCAGGAAUUAAGCUUAAGAGAAGGCGUUUAGUGCGACGAAUUCUAACCGAAAGCGAGGCUUUGACGCUACAACAUUUGUAAAGUAAACUGGAAGCGAUAAAACAAAACAUACAAGCUAAAUGUGCUUGAUAGUCAAAACAUGCGUGAACAGAUUCCGAGUGAUAGAGGACCCAAAAUCGCGGCGUUCUGUGCAUUUUAUACAUUCUUAGUGGGAGUCCAAAAGAAUGCUAGCUACAUACAUGCGACGCAUACUUAAUAACAACCUUAUACAAAAUUUAACAAAUUAUCGUCAAUGCUAUGUGGAGAUUUCAUCGAAGUUUGAAAUUAUUUAGAGACUUUUUAUCGAUUUACGUUUAUAUGGUUGGUUUUCACAUGACGUCACUAAAAGUCAAACUACGAAACUAUCGAUCCUACUGACAUUUUACUUUCAUGGUGUAUUAGAGCAGCUGAAAACUAAUUUUCAAACAAAUUUUUGCUUCAAAAGGGUUCUUGGUUUUGUGAUAAAGUACGCUUGAAUUUCUAAGCUUUUGCGUGACGCAGCAUUUACAUGACGGCCUAGAGAGCUGUCAUUUAGGUUAAAAAAGUGACUUUUUUUGAGGAAUUUUGCUAUCUAAACAGUUCAAGUAUUAGAAAGAGUAUUACUUUAAUGUUUGUGAGUUCCUCUAGGAGUAAAUUCACGCUUUUUUAGCAAAACUCGGUAACAGAUGUUUCUGUUGGUUUCUGUCCGCCAUGUUGGAGCUCAUCCGGAUGAGCUCCAGCAUGGCGUCUCCUAGUCUCCCUCGCAGCCGUUUUUAGUAUCAUCACGCAACGCUCCUAGUGGAGAGGAGCGUUGCGUGACGAUACUAAAAACGGCUGCGAGGGAGACUAGGCGUCUCCAUACAAAGCUCUAUAAAUUUGGGUAAAACAUUUCCUCGGAUAUCUCGUAUACGAAUUAUUCCUUCGACCCAAAUCUUGAUGAGGGUCUUUGUAUAUUUACCUCCUUUCAUUUCCCAGAUUCUGGACUUUAUCUGUCGAAUGGUUUUGAUUUUUAUUUUGAUCUAUUUUGAAUGGCGUGACACUGAAAACCAGCAAUUCCUGAAAGAACUCAGAAACAGAUUGAGCAAAAUUACAAGCACUUCAUUUGGUACCAUUUUUUGACUGCUGUCAUUCAAGGAGGCCGAAUUAACAGAAGAAACUGAAUUGAAAUGUCGACAAACUGAAUAAACUUAAGAAAUUUCACGUUUUGCCUUUUUUGUGAUAAGUGAAAUACAACAAUCACACAAGAAAAAUUGACUUAAGCAAUGGACGAAAAAAAUCCUAAAUAUAGUCUAUCACAUCUAAAAACAAUUUGGGCACUUACUUCAAGUUUUGUUAAGGCGAGUGUCGAAAAAAAGUUAUCGUAUUUUUCGUUUUUGCGUACAUUUCACUAAUCAAGAAGGUGAUUUUUAUGGAGUUUUUCAGGUUCUAGUUCCAGGUAUUAGCGAAAAGUAGAAUUGCCGGAAGCGAUCACUGAUUCAUAAUAUUUUCAAAGUGCCCUCUGGGUAUUUCUUCGCGUCAACCCUACUUCAGUUUUGCAAUAUCUAAGUCCGUCUUUCUUUCUGUGUUUGACCCUUGUACUGUAACCCGUCAGUAAAGUUCUGAAAGUUUACUGCCUCCUACUACACAAGUUUCACUUCCUUGGGUUUUUGCUGCGGUCAUUGUUCUUGCCCUUCUUCCUCUUUGCCUGCUUUAAGAGACUUUACGGACACCCGAAUAAUAUAUACAGACACCAUUGCACGUCCCCUUGAUGUCCGUAUUAACCGGGCUCCACUGCAUUCAGUUUGGAAAUCGGCCAUUGCACUCGCAGUUCGUGCAAAGAACAAAAGAUAAUGUGAACGUCAGAUUUACAUGAAGCUCUACCCAAACGGCAAUUUGACACUGUAAUGGUAUUUUCCAAAGUGGCCCAUACAAGGCCUUAUGUCACGCCGUUUUCACGGACCGGUUUAUUCUUAGAGCACUUUUUUCCCGCGAAAAUAGAAGCUUUUCUCCGUCGAUGUGCGCAUUGUACCUCAAGGGGCAUUUCUAGGACCGAUACUUUUCCUUUUGUUCGUCAACGAUAUGCUUCUCCACUUUCACAAGCAAGUAGUAAACUAUGGACAUUUACGCAGACGAUUCCACCUUGUCUUUAAGUUCAAAUUGGAAAACCAUUUCAUAACUAAAUCAAUUUAUCUAAGGACCUAACAGACACAGAGUGAUGGGCUACAGAGAACAAAGAAAAUGUAUUUAAAUACGCAAAAAUCAAAAGCUUAAUGGUUCGUGUUUCCGCACCAAUUCGCAGGACCACAAUUUUCUUACGAUUAAAAAAAAUACAAAUAGAUUUAUCAUUUAGCCCUAAAGGUGUAGUUAAGGUGUCCUGUCUAUCUGUUCUACAGUGACUUAGGGCCUGUUUACAUGGAGUGGGGGACCCCGGUCUAGUGGGGUUGGUUUCUUUUGUUUUCACGCUCUGGGGGACACAAAACAAAAGAAACUUACCCCACUAGACCGGGGUCCCCCACUCCAUGUAAACACGGUCUUAAAUUGUUUCUCGAAUUGCAGGUGUAGAAAAUUCCAUCUUCCACCUCGUUCCCAUGUUCCUUUCCCUUCCUUCCACGAGGAAGGAAGAGAAAGGAAUCUUUGAACGAGCUCGCUCUAGCCCGGAAGUAAAUAAGUUCGUAAGUGAUGAGCUCCAACCAGAUGGCGAAUUUCAUGGUCUGUUAAAUAAUGCCAUUGAUUCCUUGUACCGAGAACUUCAGAAAGGCUUGGAGUAUACAAACUACGGAAUUCAUAACUUGAUCAAGGUAACUGCUUACACCGCCCCCUGCCCCUCCCCACUAGCGCUAAAUUAUCGUUGUAGAUGUUUUUAAUUUUCAACAAUAUCCCAAGAGAGGUAAUCGGAUUCUGCCCUAGAAGAGACUGGAUUUAUUUCAAAAGCGUGUAGCACAGGAAAACCAUCCGGCAGUUGAAAUGUUUGCCUCUGCCAGUUAUUUCAAAAGGCGAUAGUUUUUUAAUACAGUGAAAGAUGCUAGGAAAUAGUAAAAUUUGAAACACAGGUAAAUGACUGCCACAACUCCUGCCAUGUUAAAACACUUCUUGAAAGUACAAGAUAAACUAAGUCGUUCCAAGAAUACAUGAAUCGGUUCACCUCUCCUUCCCUCAAUAAUGUUUCGUGGGUUUGCUUGGACAUAGACGUCUUCAAAAUCAACAUGAAGGGGAAGUGGAGAAGAAAUUCGCAAGCGUUUCUCAACAAUUAUGACCAGGGAUGUAUCUUUAAUACCAAAUCACUGAUUUUUAUCCUUAAAAGUUACGAGUAGCGUCUCCGAUACUUUGGCCUUAGAGUCCCGUCUGCUAAUCAAGAGGGGUUUCUAGAUCUUGGGCCGCGGUCGUCGUGAGUUUAGCACGAAAGCAAUAAUGAAACGUGCUAUGAUUAGAUUCUACAUGUCGCCUUGUCAUUUUAGGGCGGAUCCAUUGCAAAAGGCACUGCAUUAAAAAACAACGCCGACCUGGAUUGCGUGAUGGUCAUGAACGGUAUUGAAAACGCUUCCCAGUUGAGCAGCAAACUACCUGACAUCUUGUACAUGCUAGAGUCACGCUUGGGGAGCAGUAUAGGGGACUCCUGGAGUUUGACUUCCAUAAAGAAGACGCGGUUCUCCUUGCAGUUUAACAUGUCACGUUAUUUCAACCCUGGGGAGUCUGUUAAGGUUGAUCUUUUGCCCACAUUUGAAGCAAGCGUAGCGGGCAUCGAUGGUACGUACGUAACCGCAAGAGUUGAAACGCUGAGUUACUCAUAGAGUAGUUAGUGCACGGUUGUUUGAAUGAGAGGCCCCCUUGAAGAAAUUCCCAGUUAACUCAACGUUCAUAACCCAGCCUAACUUAACUCAUCGUACAACUUCUUUUUACCCUAUGUACAAAUGAAAUUGUUCACCCGGUUUUGACUGAAGUCAGCAAAAUGUAUAAAACAGUGAAUCGCCGCUUCAAGUAAAAUUCAUAAGAUGGGGUAUGUCUCAUCAUCAGGUUCUCUCGUUCCUACUAGAUGCAUGGCGACAGUUUCAAAUUCCCCCAACCUAGGGGUUUGCACAACAAUCCAAUAGUAUACCUACCCAGGGGACAGCUCUCAAAAUAAAAUUCCCAUGAGAAGGCAUUAGUGCCCUCCAUUCUCACCAGGGGCUUACCAUUUCCUACGUAGGUGCAACAGACAUGCAUAAUCUUUGCGCGCAGAUUAAACUACUAAACAGUGAGUUUUGGGUUGUUGGUCAACUGCCCAUCAGUGAAGCUAAAGACAUGCGCAAUCUUGAAAAACGAUUUAUGAAAUUUUAUUACAUCUUUUAUGAUGUUGAAUCUGAGGAGAGAUCUAAUCUUAUCAGCGUUUAGUAAAAAUACUUUUAUGAUGUUACAUCUAAGCAGAGAUUCAAUAUUCUUUGUCUUAGGGCGAGAAAGGUUUUACAGAAAAAUGCUUGAGGACAGAAAGAACUGGCCAUACUACUCCGCUGCCCUUGUGUUGGUUCAAAAACACUUCGUCAAGGAACGGCCUGCACUCGUAAAAGGCUUGAUUCGGUUGGUGAAGUACUGGCGCAAGACGUAUAUUCCACAGAGUGGUAGUAAGCAUGUCCCACCCUCCUAUCUUCUGGAGCUUCUCACAAUACACGCCUGGGAAAAUGCAAAUCAGCCAGAAAGCUUUGACUUGAAGAUUGGUUUUAAAGCUGUUAUGGAGGUUCUAAAGAAUCACCAAAGUCUUCGUGUUUCCUGGGGAGAUUACUACAGAAAGAGUUUAAUUCCAAGCAGGUACAUUCAUGGAGUGUUCUAAAUUAGUUUAACCAGAAUAAACGAACCGCCUGUUAGAUUCUUGAGGACAUAGGCCGUCUCGGAUGUUUGUAAACCGGUAUGCUCUUUUUACCUUAUUUCAACCAGUUACCAAAUCCGCUAGGAAUGUCUGUCGAGGCAAGAAAUUCGUAACACGUUAAUUUUAGAAAUAGAGCAAUUGGACAAACUUUCUUUUACUGGAGAAUUUUAUUUAUGGCAUAUUUUCCUUUUUGGCAUUUCAGUCUCCUGUAUGGGCCAUAUGUAAUUGAUCCUGCCAACCCAACCAACAACCUGCACGACGCUGUUGACUGCUGGGAUGAGGUGAAAAAGGUUGCAGAGGAAACCAUGCGGAAACCCCUUCUCAGAGAUGUGUGGGUUACAGCUAACUGGAGAUGAAGAACCACGAUUUUAAUUAGAUUUAUUUGUAAUAUGUAGAGUCCCUAAAGGGAUUAGGGUAUAAUUUUGGGUGUGUAGUGUUUAGCAGCCUGGCGUGUCAUCGAUGGCGUCAUCAACUAUGUAACCGCG